AUGCAUCGGCAUACCGUCAUUCUCUACUUCCAUUCCCAGCACGUUACACCACGCGUAAAGAACGGAAAUCCAGAAGCUGAGAUCGGACCCGUCUCCAUAACAGAUGAUGGGGAUUUGGCUGACCAACACUUGGUGGAUAGGAACGAGUUUGACGAACGGUUUGAGUUCCCCCUCUUCACAACCAUGUUGCGCGCGGCCAUUCUACCAACUGUCGGCGUGGUCGACAAACGGAAGACGCAACUCUACUCCAGGCAGUGA